AUGCACCACUUCACCCUUCUGGUUCGUUAUCCCCCUCCCUUAAUGUCUGCGAUCGACAAUGGAGAUGAUGGCAAAUACUACUACUCCAUUACUCACAUGUCGAUAUUUCAUAUCUGUAAACCCGAUAUAGAGAUUUUUGGGUCCGAUUUUUGGGGAUUACAAUAUCACUCAUCUCUCUUCUCCGCUACCGUCGCCGACCCACGCGCCUUCCGAUUUUGUCUUAAAUUUUUUAAAGAGAAAUGCAUUGAGGUCAACUUUAAGGGUGUUUAUGUGACAACCGAUCCACAUAUUGAUGUGUGUUCUACCUCUAUUUCAUCCAGGUAUACAUCGAUCUCCAUCGAUAUCUCCUCCAGAGACCCUAAUGGCAUUCCGAACCCGAAAGAAAAAGAAAACCCAAAAAAUUCGAAUGCCAAGCCAAAAGUAGUAGUGAUAAUGGGAGCAACAGGUUCUGGAAAAUCUCGUCUCGCCAUUGACCUAACUUCACUAUUCCCUAUCGAAAUCAUUAACGCCGAUUCCAUGCAGGUGUACGAAGGAUUGGAUGUUCUCACUAAUAAAGUUCCACUUGACGACCAGAAAGUUUCGGUUGAUUUCUCGCAUGAAAACAAAUUGAUUAUGCAUCCAUAUCAUUUCAAAAGUCAAUGUCUUCAUUCUUUCUUCCUCAAUGACAUUAGGUUUUGUGUGGAGCACACAAGUUCUACUAGACAGAAAACAGGUAAUUUCUGCACAGUCAUGGCUGGCAACUACACACUUGUAUGGGACAAUUCGUAUUCAACCUUUUUCAAGAAGGCUCUUCGCUACAAAGUGGAUUGUAUUCCACCUGUUGUAGAACCAUUGCCCUCAAUUGAAUCGGAAGAUGGAGAUGGGAUAAUUUGUUGUGCACUUGUGAGUCGAUUUCUUUUAGAUGAUUCACCUGUGGAUACUGAGGAAAUCAACCUAGAUGAAACAUAUGGAGAUAAACAACAACCUAAUGAACUUAUGCAAGAACAAGAGAAUUUUAGCUAUAGUUAUGAUAAUCUUAAAGAUCUUGAUCCAGUUGCAGCAAAUAGAAUUCAUCCAAAUGACCAUAGAAAGAUUAAUCAAUACCUUCAUUUAUAUGCUUCAUCAGGUGUUCUUCCUAGCAAAUAUCUUUAG